AUGGAGGAGGAGAGUCAGUGCGGAUCCAGUUGUGGAGGUGACGAGAUGAAGGGGAUGAUGGAGAAGAGAGAGCUGAGGCACCUUUUCGUGACCGUGUUCCUCUCUUCGUUUUCGAUCUUCUUGGUGUUUCCGGCUCUAACCGACGUCACCAUCGCGGCGGUUUGCCCCGGCCGGGUAAGCUGCUCUCUUGCCAUUUACCUCACUGGGUUUCAACAAGUGAUUAUAGGCAUGGGAACGGUGGUGAUGAAUCCGGUAAUUGGGAACCUGUCAGACAUCUAUGGGAGGAAGGCACUGCUCACAUUCCCACUGACACUAUCCAUCAUCCCUCUAGCAAUAUUGGCAUAUAGUAGGGAGACCAACUUCUUCUAUGCUUUCUACGUGCUGAGGACCCUAACUGCCAUGACAUGUGAAGGCAGCGUGAACUGUCUCGCCCUCGCUUAUGUGGCAGAUAACAUUUCAGAGAAAGAAAGAGCAUCCACAUUUGGAAUUCUAUCUGGUUUUACCUCCGUAUCAUUUGUGGUCGGAACUUUAGUAGCCCGUUUCCUCCCCACUUCGUUAACAUUUCAGGUUGCUGCCUUAGUAUCAAUGCUGGCAGCUGUUUACAUGAGAAUCUUUCUCAAAGACAUCAGGCCAUCAGAUAAUGGAGAUAGUACUUUGAGGCAGCCUAUCUUGAAGGAACCAGAACCAGUAGUAGAGCGAAUUACAGAUGAUGAUUACACUCCGAAGAUGAAAAUUGAAUUUAAGAAGAUGCCUUCUGCUGGGGAUCUUUUUGGUUUACUCAGGAGUAGUAAUACCCUGUCACAAGCUGGUAUCAUUACCUUCUUUCAAUGCCUAGCAGAAGGUGGCAUGCAGGCUACGAUCCUGUAUUUCCUUAAGGCUCGUUUUCAGUUCGACAAAAAUCAGUUUGCUGAUAUACUGCUGCUUGUGGGGAUAUCAGGAGCCAUAUCACAGAUGAUCUUCAUUCCCUUGAUGGCACCUAAAUUUGGAGAGGUAAAGCUGCUGUCAACUGGGCUCUUACUGACCUGUAUCGGUAUGUUUCUGGACAGUAUCGCGUGGUCACCUUGGAUUCCUUAUGCAGCUACUUUUUUCACUUCUUUUGGCUUACUAGCGCAACCAACUAUUCGCAGCAUUGCAUCGAAACAAGUUGGACCAAAUGAGCAGGGCAAGGCUCAAGGCUGCAUUGCAGGAAUAAGUUCAUUUGCCAAUAUAGUUUCUCCUUUAGUUUUCAGUCCUUUGACAGCUUUAUUUUUGUCUGAAGAUGCACCUUUCAAUUUCCCUGGCUUCAGUAUUAUGUGUCUUGCACUCGCAACGGUUAUCGCCUUAAUUCAGAGUACUAUGAUAAGGGCUCCUCCUGCUAUUUCAGGUCACAGUUUAGCCUAG